UUGUUUAAGCCGCGCGCUGCGUCCCAGCAUCAUCAGAUCAGUCAGUGCAUCACCAUUCAUCGCCCCUUGCCUCGGCCGGCCCCGUCCUCCUCCCCUGCCCGAUUCGUUCCUCCGGCCUCCCACUCCGUCCACGCUCGCCUCCUUGCUCGCGCACCACCUAUAAAUCCGGGGGCAUCCCUCGUCGGCUGCUGCGUGCGUGACUCGCUCGAGAGAUGGAGAGAGCCUGAGAGCGGGGAAGGAGGGUCCAUGGCGGCGGCGGAGGAGGAGGCGGCGGGGAGGAGGCGCUGCGCGGGCUACCGGCACGGGCCGCCGUGGGUGUUCAAGGGCAGCGCGCUGUACCAGCUGCAUUUGGUGAAGGCGUCGACGGCGCGCGCCUUCGUGCCCCGGGACCUGCGCCUCGUCGAGGCCUUCGGCUACACGCUCGGCGGCAUGUUCCUCGCGCGCUACCACGACAGCCCCGCCGGCGCCUUCGACGAGCUCGUGGUGAUCGCCGGCAUUGUGUGGAACCCGCCGACCUCCUGCGCGUGGGCUGCCCGGGUGCUGGUGAACAGCGUCGAAGCCUGCCGGCACGGCCGCAAGGAAGUAGGCCUCCCAAGCCAUGUUGCUACAUUUUCAAAGACUAUCGGAGACGAACCCUUGGCGAGAUCGAACGGCUUCCUGAGCGUACUCGGAAUAGGCUCGACCGCCCCCAAGCAAGAGAACCGCCGCGAGAUCGAGAUUUCCGAGACCAAGGGCUCGUCCACUAGGCAUCUGUGCAGCAUCAGCAUGCCGCUUACCGGAUCACAUAAGCACCACAAGUGGAUGGGCCCGGCAAUCAGAAUGUCGCUUCCAAGCUUCAGUGGGCAGACUGAGGACCAUCCUGAUCUUCUCAAGUACUCCUGCAAAGUAGAAUGCAGGGUGCGUCCUGUAAAGCCUGCUAGGAUUUGGAAUCCAAGAACCUCAGAGCCACAGGAGUGUUCUGAUGGCAAGAUUAACAGCGUGGGAUCCAACGUGUUAGCCGACUCGGUUGCGCAGAGCCAGAGCAUUUCGGUAUUGCUGUCGAAGCCCAUCUUUGCUCUGGAAUUCAGCUCCUUGAGGAUGCACGUCGAUGCUCCGAAGAUCUUUGUUCCACAAUGCAAGAAGGAGGUUGGAUACUCAAGCACUUAAAUCUGAAUUCUGACGGUGCUGUGGUGCAUGUUAAAAAAAAGCCGGGAGUUUUGACCGUGUUUGACCUGGUUGCUUGAUAAGUUCAAGGAGUUUCUGGUUGCAUUUACCACCAUAAAUCUUUUCUUGAUUUUAUAAUUGGCACUGUUUUCUUGUUUGUAAGGGUGCUGGACGUGCAACCUACUUGCUGAACUCAAAGUUGGAAAUAGCUUGAUUCCUUUUGCAAUGAUGAGUCACAGAGAUAAAAAAA